CAGGAAGUGUAACUCUCGAAGACGAAUAAGACAGGAGGUUUUGCAAUAAUAGAUUGUCGCAACGUUUUUGCGUGAUUAUCAAAGGAGGGGAUCCCAAUGUGACAACUUCUCAGUCAGAACACAGGAUUUACUGCAUGUCCUCCGGAACUCAGCACACCACAGAACAUCAGGACGGGUAGGUGAAAGCAAAGUGGCACAAAAACAACCAAUCUAGUGUCGAGUGUUGUGGUUCAGACGUUUUAAACCGAAGAUGCGCGCCAGCAAAAGUGACCACACUGUGUCCAGCAUGGAGAUCGAGGACAGUUCCAAUGGCUACGCACCUCUCAUGGAAGAGAGAAUGUCCAAAGCGUUUUCCGGGGUACGGCAGCGGCCUGUGAGGGCGGCGGCGGCUUGUCUCGCGGUUCUGUGUGUUCUGCUUCUGCUUGCCAUCAUCGGCCAGGCGGUCCACAGCCGCAACAUCGCAAAGGACGACGAGCUGAAGCAAAAAACCCAAUCAACCGUGCAGAUGAAACUCCAGCAGGCUGUCAACGACGCCGCCCUGCAGAAGAAAGGACUGGCGGCCAGCCAGGCCCAGCUGCAGGAAGAGUGUAACUACCUCACCAGCCAGAAGAACCAGCUGCAGACCAACAACGACAUCCUGCAAAGAGAGGCAGAAACCUUGAGAGCCGGUCAGAGUAAGCAACAGGCCGACACGUCCGCCCUCACCAAGGAGAGAGACCAACUGAAGGCCAGCGAGAGCCAACUGCAGAGCAGCAACGCAGAGUUGACCAAAGCCAACGACUUCUUGAAGAAGAGCUACGAGAGCCAGUCUCAGAAGGUGACCGAGAUGCAGCGGACGACCGCCGAGCUGGAGAGACGGCGCGACGAGCUGCAGGACCAGAACGCCCUGCUGAAGCACGUCUCGGAGCAGCUGAGGUACAACUUCACCGCGCUGCUCACCAUGGUCAAGAACCUCCGGUUCAGCCAGGACAUCUCGGCCCAGGAGAAGGAGAAGAUGAGGAGCAGCCACGACGUGGUGCUGGAGCAGCGGGACCAGCUGAACACCAGCCUCCUGGUGCUGGAGGCGACCACCAGGCAGAUACAGGACGGCUACACGGCGAUGACGAGGGAACGGGACGAGCUGCAGGCCGCCACGGCCAACCUGACCACCGCCAGGGACCUGCUGGUGGCUCAGAACCAGAACCUGACCGCCGAGAGAGACCUGCUGCUGGCCCAGGGGGGGAGCCCAGCAGCCGGGUGUCCCUACGGCUGGCAGACGCACGAGCAGAGCUGCUACUUCGCCUCCACCAUAGAGAAGACCUGGGAAGAUAGCCAGAUAUACUGUGUUCAGCAAGGGGCCAACCUGAUCAUGGUCACGAACUCAGCGGAAAUGAGUUUCCUGAACAGCAUUGUGGAGCUCGGAGGAGAAGUCUGGAUCGGCCUGACCGACAAUGGCAAAGAGGGCCAGUGGAUGUGGGUGGACGGGACCAGGAUGACUACAUCGUUUUGGGCUAAAGGCCAGCCUAACCAGCAUUUGGCGAUAGAUCAAGACUGUGUGGAAUUCUGGUCGAGUUCGUCGACGCAUGGCAGUUGGAAUGACGAGGCGUGUAGUAUAAAGGCGAAGUGGGUGUGCAAAAAGUAACGUGACAGCACCGUUCACAUGGAAUUGGGUCAGACUACACCUACGCCUUAAACAUCUUAGAGCUUUAUGCUUUGUCACACUUCUUUCAACAGCGUUGAAAGAAGGUACUAAAAUAUAAGUAGAAAUACAUGCUUGUGUUACUAUAAAUGUUUGUUAUGCCAUGUUUUCUUAUUAUAAUCAAUACACAAUUUUUGUUUUUGUCUCAAAUUAAGUAUCGUAAUUCACUCAAAUCAACAAAUGUCUCCUCAUAUGCUAUUUGUGAAACUGCAAUUACAUAUAGUCACUAAAAGCAUU